GCCUCUCAGUACAAGACUACAGUCAGUGCAGUUCUGCUGAAAGGAGCUGAAAUGGGUGAGUCGCUGCUGAGGGCCAUUGUAUCAAAGUGUUUGAACAAUAAUUCACGGGCUUGAAUAACGCCGUUCAAGACCGUCAGCACGUUUCUCCCGCAGAGUCACAGUGGUUGCAAGAGCACGUCUUUUACCGACCGGCGCUGUUAGUUUUAAAGCUUACGUUAGCAGGCUAAUGUUAGCUAGCGGAGCCAGGCCCAGCAUAGAGCCGCAUAUCAGAGUUGACUACAUUGUUUUUGUCAGCGACGCCAGUUAAAACAGCAAAUGGGGCAGAUGUAAUUGGUGCCAGUUCACUCAUUGCUCUGACAAAUUACAGCAACACAAUUGGCAUAAUUAAUCCAGUUCGUUAGAAGUUUGGACUGUAUUUUAGUCUCAUAGUUAGCGUAGCCUGUAAACGUUAGCUUAACGUUAACUGAAUUAAAGCUAGAUAACUGCAUUAAAAUCAUGACUUCCAGGAGGACAGGCUAUGCCGGCAGCAUGGAUUCCUCUCCCUCAAAUAGCAGCAACAGCUCAGUCCACAGUGGAAAUCGUAAGCAAAGUAUAAUCAACAUUCCCGAAAGGACCGGGGUAGAGUCCUGUUAUGAUCGGAAAGCGGACAAGGCUGGAUACGGAGCUUCGCAGGGCAGCGUGACCGUAACGUCGCUGAAAUCACGUCUCGCCCCGACCAUUCAAAGUGCCAUGUCCGCUGCAGUUGACACUCUCCUGGGCGAAGUGGUGCUUGUGCUCAAUGAGACUCAACAAGAGUUGCUACAUAAGGAACAAGAGAAUGAAAGACUCAAAGUGCGUCUGGAAGUGUCAGAGCGGGAGUUGAAGACUUUACAGGAGUGUCUGUGUAGUGCUCAGAAGCUCAUAGACCAGCUUCAGAUCUCAUACACGGGCCCUCAGUCAAUUAGUCAAUCCGUUUUCGCCCCAUCGCUGUCUUCCAUGGCUUCAAUGACUUCAGGCUUGGACCGGGACCACCAGAACGCCCGAAAUGUGAAUGGAGCCGGUGUUGACAUGGGUCUCGGUGGCUCUGUGGAUGAUUCGCUUCAUGGGUUUGAGCCCAGAGAUGACUAUAAAAUGUGCCAGCUUUCAAUCCAACCAGAUGGCUCUGUGACUAACCACGCUCUGGAAUCCUUUGCUUCCAACACAUCUCAUAUGUGCUCAGAUUCCAGCAGACCAGAUGAGCGGCAGUCUCAGGGACCAGGUGGAGCAUCCAGGUUUGAGAUUAAACAAGAGCAGGGGCCCACUUCAGGCUCUGGCCAGCCCAGCAGGAAGGAGCCUGGGUUGCCUGAUGACAACAGAGUCGAUGAUGGUGACCUUGGCUACGUUGAAGUCGGAGGGGAGGGAGGUUCCCAGCGUGCCUUUACUCACCCCAUGCGUCACCAAAGACCUGUGCGAGAAUGCGGUGGUGCGUUGCAACAGGGCGGACUUGAUGGACAGAAACAGUUGGCUAGGACUGCUGUAGGCGGGAGAAUGGACAGUGUCUCACCGGGCAGAGCAGAGGACUCUGCAGGACCUUCGGUCUGUGAUACAGUAGGGGAGCCCUCUGGAGAUCGGCCUCACCACUGCUUGGAGUGUGGAAAGACCUUCCGUCUGAUCUCCAGCUUGAAGAAGCACAUCCGCAUCCACACUGGAGAGAAGCCCUAUCCGUGUGGAGUCUGUGGUCGUCGCUUCCGCGAGUCAGGCGCGCUUAAAACCCACCUGCGCAUACACACAGGUGAGAAGCCAUACUCUUGCUCAGAGUGUGGAAACUGCUUCCGCCACCUGGACGGUUUGCGCAAACACAGGCGCACACACACCGGAGAGAAACCUUACGUGUGUGCCAUCUGUGGGAAGCGCCUCAGCCGCCUGCAGCACCUCAAACACCACCAGCUCAUCCACACCGGAGAGAGGCCGUGCUGCUGCCCCUUCUGCAACCGCAGCUUCAAGGAGCCCGCAGCGCUGCGGAAACACAUCCGCACGCACCGGGAGGAAGGCGGUCACAUGGGGAUUGGUGCCAGUGACGACACGGACCCAGACGCCAUGGAUGACAUUAACAACCUCCACCCAGCAGCUCCGUCCCCUCAGAUGAGGUUUGGGGAGUGGGGAGCUGAGGAGGACGACAGCUCGGUUGUGGACUGUGUGUAGGGCAUGAUUAAAGGAGUAACUGUCUGUUGGUAUUCUUACCACAAAACCUACUCCGGGUAAAUAAAUAAAUAAAAAUGUGGAAAAAGGUGUUUGUGUAGCUUAUAAACACGAUGGAUAAGGUCAUCUCUGUUCCAUGCUGUUGAAGUGAAGAAAGGGGCUAUAUAUAACCCUAGCAUUGGAGCUUUGUUUAUAUAAUUCUUUACACUCUUAGAUGUAAAAAAUAACGUUUAAAAUGUUCGCUGUACAAGUAUUUUUAUUUUUUUUUCCUGCACAUUCAUCAAGCAGCAGCAAUAGCUUAGAGGUUGUUCUUGGCACAGGGAGUUUGCUAGCUUCCUGGCAAUAAUUUGACAAAAAAAAAAGUGGACAAAAGCUGUUUCCUCACUUUAAAAAUAUAAGUGCCUUGAAAACAGGGUCUGAAAUUAACUUUUUUCGCCAAAGUGGCGGAUGGCCUGAUGAUUUCACAUGCCACUGCCAACAAUUUACCUGCAUUUGGCCGGUGAUAGUUUCAGACGCUGGUGGAACGCUCACUCAACCAUCAACUGAGUCGCUGCUGCUGCUGUUCAAGAUAGUUCCCACCUGGAUUUUAGUCAAGACAAACUGUUUAUUGUGACUCUGGCCGAUUAGUCUUUUUUUUAUAUAGUUUUACACAUUAGAGAGAUUGGAUUUGCUGUUGAAUUAUAUUCAGCUACUAAUUAGGCAUGCUUUUGCCAACACACUGAGCUGCUCAGAUAGAUAGAAAUGGAUCCACAGGGCUGGCUCAUGCUUCGUGUGUGGACAGACUUGCAGGAGCACAGACCAUGUGCAUUGUGUAGUUGGGCAUUAGAAACUGAACCUAAUAUCACAGUAUUUUUGGUUCAACUCCUUGAUAUUAUUUGUAUUGCAGCCCUGUUGAGAAUGAUUCAAGUUUUUGAUGGUGCAUAAUAUAGGUCAGUCAUAAAAGAAAUAAUUUAUCUGUUUACUUAUAGUCAUUUGGUUUCUUCACCUAAUCGAUUUUAGUCGAGAAAAAUUUGUGAAAAUAGCUUUUUCAAUAAUUGUCCUGUUCCAAGUGGAUGCACUCGCAUUGAAAAAAAUCUAGUGUUUAUGAAGGACCAAAGCACAUUUGUGAAUAUUGUUGGAAUGCCACAGAUGUCGCCACUAUUUCUAAGUAAUAAUUAAUGACCACAAAAAUCCCAUGCUAGUGGAGUCGCAGUCUAGACCUGUAAGCUAAAAAGCAUUUACAUUUACACUGUUGCGAGUGUGUGUCUUCAUGAAGCAUGAACCAGUUUCACACUUGAGUCAACAGCGUCAAGCAGAAGCUAUCUGUUUCAAGAAUAUCUAAAUUUGAAGCGAUCCAUACUAUGUGUUAAGUAUUUGAAGAGGGCACAGUCUGUUGGCAUCACUGCAUGCACUCCGAUCAACAGCGGAAACUUUACCGUUUGUCGAGUCUUUAUUAUCAUCUCUCUCUCUCUCUCUCUCUCUUAUGGACCAUAUUUUAGCAUUCCAUUUUUUUGUUUAAGAUGCUGCUACUGUAUGUCUAGAAAGCCUUUUCUUUUCUGGACUUGUAUUAUUGUAACCAGACCGUCACUGGCAAUUACUAGCGGACAGAUUUUGGUGCUUGCAUGUGCAUAUCUGCUCCUCCGUUGGCAUUAAUGCCUCCUGGCUGUUUCUGUACAUAUGUAUGUAGUUUUAACCAUUUUAUCUGGAUUAAUGAGGGUUAACAUUUGUGGAAAAGUUAAUGUGCAACAACAAUUUAAAAAAACAAACAAAAAAAAACAACAUGCUUUGAAAGCAUCAGUAUGCUGACAUGCAAUGUAAUUAUAUAUAAUCUUACUAUAACUCUUCCUGAUGUGACACCACUGAUGCAUCAGGGUUAACAGCAGACCAUUAAUCUUUUCAGCCUUUUACGCUAUACUCUGUAGGUCACUGGUGUCAUUUACCGUAUACUACUAUAACAAUCUCCAUGUAACUAUUCUAUGUACAUUUACAGGUCUAAGUCAUUUCAAAAGGCACCCAAAAUGUUAAAUAUUUGUUACUGUAUACCCAGAAUACGAUUUGCCAUGGUAGUCUUGAUCCCAGAUAAUCAUAUUUAUUGUUUUUUGUAUUCCAUACAGAGGGGGCCUUUGCAUGUAGGUUUAAACUGAAACGGCAGUAUUACAUGUGAAAAAUUUAAAACCUCUUCUUUUAAUUCGUCUGUGUUCAACACAUAUUGCCCAACAUUCAUCGUGUUACCAACUGUAAAUGUUACUAUAUUAAAGGGCCUUGUUUAUACUUCU